GUAAUUUUAUUUGUCUUUGUUUUAUCCAUAGUUAUUACCCACUGGAACCCGAACGACCCAAAAAGCCACGUGCUUGGCGGCUUUUCUUACAACAAUGCAGGCGGACUCACAGUCCCAUUUACUGGACGCUAUUACGUCUACGCCCAGCUCUUCUUUGUCCAUCAGCCAUCUCCGUCAAAAAACCGCGUGUUGGUCAUGGCAGGCAACAGAGUUCUUCUCAUGAUCAACAAGGAUUUACCAGGAGGUCCAAUUGAAGAGACCGGAAGUGCUGGAGGAGUGUUUUUAUUGCAUGCGGGAGAGCAGAUCUCCCUAAAGCCUGAUCGGAAUGAUACCAGUAUGUGGUUCCAUCCAGAGCAUUGCUACUUUGGAGCAUACAUGGUCUCUGCUUAA